UCAUCUGAUAGCACCUGCAACUUCACUGCUCUAUAAAUAUCGGCUGCAGAGCCAAACAUAACCACUCAUCUUCUAAAUAUCACAAAUAUUUCAUCACCAUGUUAGCUGAUCUAAAUCUCUCCACUUCACUGUUAUAUUGCCUCGCAACAUUUCUCACCUUAUAUGCAAUCACAAACUUCAACUCCAUUCGCAGAGGCCUGUUCCCUUCGAAACAAAGCAAGCUCCCCAGAUCAUUUCCGCUCAUUGGAUCAUACUUAUCACUUAUCAAACACAUUCAUCAUUUCAGCGAUUGGUCUGCAACUAUAGUGAAUUCUCAGCCCUCUUCGACGUUUAUUCUCCACCGCGCUCUAGGCCAACGCAUGGUCAUUACUGCGAAUCCAGCUAACGUGGAGCACAUACUUAAAACCAAUUUUCAUGUCUAUCAGAAGGGCACUUCUGUGACAGCGCUGGCCUAUGAUUUUCUAGGACGUGGCAUUUUUAACGUCGAUGGAGAUUGGUGGAAGUUUCAGAGGCAAGUUGCUAGCCAUGAAUUCAAGACUAAAUCUUUAAGGAAUUUUGUGGAGACGGUGGUUGAUACGGAGCUUUCAAACCGCCUUCUGCCCCUCAUGAAAAACGCGGCUGUGGAAGAAAUUGUUCUUGAUUUUCAGGACAUACUUUUCAGAUUUGCUUUUGACAACAUUUGUAACAUCGCUUUUGGCUAUGAUCCUGAGUAUCUAUUGCCUUCUCUGCCUGAGGCGAAAUUCGCUGUUGCAUUUGAGAACACUACAAUGCUUAUUACCAAAAGGUUUAGGCAAAUUUCACCGUUAGUUUGGAAGAUUCUAAAGUUUUUCAACACGGGGUUUGAGAAAGAACUGAAAAAUUCUGUUGAAGAGGUUCGCGAGUUUGCUAGAAAAGUCUUGAGGGAGAAAAAGAAAGAACUAGACGAAAAAUCAGAGUUACAAACUGAUGAUCUUUUAUCAAGAUUCUUGAGCUCCGGUCACUCAGACGAGGUGUUUGUUAUAGAUAUUGUCAUAAGUUUCAUACUUGCUGGCCGUGACACGACUUCAGCAGCACUGACAUGGUUCUUUUAUCUCAUUGCAAAUCAUCCGGACGCAGAGAGCAAGAUUUUAGCUGAGAUUAAUGACAAGAAUUUUGAGAAGAACUCGGAGUCUUCUGCUUAUAAUGAAGUGAAAGACAUGAUGUACACUCAUGCGGCACUUUGUGAGAGUAUGAGACUUUAUCCGCCUGUUCCAACAGACGGAAAACAAGUGAUGGAAGAUGAUGUGAUGCCAGAUGGAACGCGUGUGUACAAGAAUGAUCGAGUGAUUUACCAUCCUUAUGCAAUGGGGAGGUCCGAGAAGCUGUGGGGAUCAGAUUGGCGUGAAUUUAGGCCAGAGAGGUGGCUUGAGAGGGAUGGUGUGACAGGGAAGUGGUGCUUUAUAGGCAGAGAUCAGUAUAGUUACCCUGUUUUUCAAGCAGGGCCGAGGGUGUGUCUUGGUAAGGAAAUGGCUUUCUUGCAGAUGAAGAGGGUGGUUGCCAGAGUUCUGCCAGCAUUCAGGGUGAUUCCGGUGAUUGAAGAAGGGACAGAGCCGGUGUAUACAGCUUACUUGACGGCUAAGAUGCAUGGUGGUUUUCCGGUGAGGAUACAGCAAAGGGCUUAGUUAUAGAACAAUAUUUUACGGAAGUCCUAAAUGCGUGUCGAUCAAAACCAUCAAUAUAUAGAAAUAUAUAAAAAUGAGAGCGACGGAGAGAAUAUGAGAAUACGAUGCACCUUUCAGUUAUGAAAAAUAGUAUUGCAGUUGAUUUGCAGUUACAGAAAGUAUUGAUUCAAGUCUUUUGAUUGGUCCAUGGGUUUGUUCUCAAUCUGCAUUUGUUGUUGGCUAUCAAAAACAAUAGUUCAGUGUUGAUUUUACUUCCAGCUCCAGAUUUGUAUUACCUACAUAUGGCCUUGGUUCUCUCUCAACAGAUUAUUUUAUAUUUGGCACAACGUUUUGCCACAUA